UUCAACAAACACAACAUGAGCAACUCGAAAGAAGUUAUAAUACGCGAGGUGUGGGCAUUCAAUGUCGAUUAUGAAUUUAGUCUCAUUCGCCAAACAAUCCGUCAACACCAUUUCAUCUCAAUGGAUACGGAAUUCCCGGGCGUUAUUCAUUCGUCUAAAAUCGACCGACGUUGUCUCCAAGCCUGUGAUCACUAUCGUUAUUUGAAAGCGAAUGUUGACGAGCUUAAGCUCAUUCAAGUGGGUCUUACCCUCUCAGAUGGAAAGGGAAAUCUUCCUGACUUUGGAAGUAACAAGAGCUACAUAUGGGAAUUUAACUUCUGCGACUUUGAUGUUAAUCGUGAUCCCUGCAACGAAGACUCCAUUGAUAUGCUUCGCCGUCAAGGGAUUAACUUUGAGCGCAAUUUAUAUCACGGUGUGGAUUCAAGGCGUUUCGCUCAUCUGAUGUUCUCCUCUAUACUUGUUUUCAACAAAUCAAUCACUUGGGUCACGUUUAGUAGUGCUUAUGAUUUCGGAUAUCUGGUGAAGAUAUUGACCCGAAUGAAUUUACCCAACAAGUUAGAGGAUUUUCUAAGUAUUGUAGAGGUAUUGUUUGGAAAAAGUGUUUAUGAUAUGAAACACAUGAUGAAGUUCUGCAACUCUCUCUAUGGUGGUCUCGAGCGAGUGGCUACGACCCUUAAUGUGGGUCGGGCGGUUGGAAAGUCUCACCAAGCUGCAUCGGAUAGUCUGUUGACGUGGCAUGCAUUCAACAAAAUGAUGAAGACUUAUUUCAAAAAUGAUGAAGCUCCCAAGCAUGCAGGAGUGUUGUUUGGAUUAGAAACUGCAGCUUAG